AUGUUUCAAUCACUUCGAGUUUCUGCGCGUAUUCCUGCUCGUCUGGUACGAUGGAAUUCUACUGCCACUCCGGUUCUACCGCCAUUGAUGGCUACCUUGCGGACUGAUCUUAAAACUGCCAUGAGAGCAAAGGAUACCACUAGACUGAAUGUGCUUCGCGCUUUGAUUUCGGAGACCAACAAUGCCGCCAAAACCUCCUCCCCCAUUCAGACCGAUAUCCAACUCUUGUCGCUCAUUCGGAAACGCUUGAAUGCGACCAAGGAUGCGGCCAAGGAGUUUGAAGCUGCUGAGCGCCCCGACUUGAAGGAAAAGGAGGAUGCACAAGCUGUCGUGUUGGAGGAAUACGCUGGUCAGGUCGUGACAGUGCCGACUGCCGAGAUCACCGAGGCGAUUGUCAAUCAGAUCAACGCAUUGAAAGCCGCCGGCGAAAAGGUCAACCCCGGGCUCCUCUUCAAAGCUCUGUUUGCCCAAGACGGACCCUUGACUGGCAAGCCAGUCGACCGCAAAGAGGUGGGUGCUGAGAUCCAGAAGGCACUUAAAGAACUCUCUUGA